GAUGAAUGUUCCUCAAUGGGUUCAUCUGUUCCUUCAUUCGGAAGUGAUUCUGAGGGAGGCAGUGAUAAUUCUGACAUGAUAGAUGACGGAUCAAGCGGAAUAAGAUUGCGAGAACGAACAAGGAGCGGAUGCGUAGAACUUACAGCUUCAUCUGAGAUGCUGCGGAUCCGGUUUCCUUUUCAGUCCAUUAGCGUUCGCCUGGCUGACUUUUUAUGUCUUCAGGAGAAUGAUUUGCUUAACGACACAAUAGUGGACUUCUAUCUUAACCAUGUCGUCGAACACAUCCUUCCUGAUGAACCGAGCCAAAGAGUCACUGUUCUUCCAUCGGUGUUUUGGCACAAUUUGUCAAUACUUCAUUCUGCAGCCCAGGUCGAUGAUGCAGAUGUUACUCUGACUGAUGAUCAAAAGCUUGAUGCCCGAUUUGGCGAUGUCUUGGAUUUUGUGGAAGAUUUUGAUUUCAUUGAUGUGGAUUAUAUCAUUGUGCCGGUAAAUGAAUGGGAACAUUGGUCGUUAGUGAUUGUAUGUCAUCCCUUCACUGCUCGCGCAAGGAUGCUCUGUUUCGAUUCGCAGCUCAGUGAAGAUCCAAAUAACAUGCAAAACAUCGCUGUUCUCUGUGAUGACUUUUUGAAGUAUGUAUGGAUGAGGCGAAAUCAACAAACACUUUGCUCUAUGGAGAGAAUGCGUUGCAUUUUUCCGAAUCGUUUGCCCCAGCAGAGCAACAACUAUGACUGCGGGCUUUACAUCGUCGAAUUCGCUCGACGAUUUCUUCUAGCACCACCGUCUAAUUUGGAUGCAUUCGACUUCACAGCAGAGUACCCAGACUUUAGUGUGAAGAACAAGCGUCGAGACAUCCAGCGAGCUAUACUGUCGCUUUGUUCUAAUCGUGAGUUAUGGACACCGAUAUUGGAUAUACUGAACAAAAAAAUGUAA